GUCACGUCACGUCACGUCACGUCAGGUCACGUCACGUCACGUCACGUCACGUCACGUCACGUCACGUCAGGUCCAGCUGCUCCCGCCCGCCCCCCGCGAAGGACGCAGGAAUGCAGUUAAAAAUAUCCUCCUCCUCCUCGCCGGCCUGACAUCUCCGGUGCUGGCAGACGCGCUGAAGCGGGGAAGAAGAGAUGGCCGCGGACGUGGGAGAGCUGCUGGUCCCUUACAUGCCCACCGUCAGAGUUCCCAAGGCCGGGGACAGAGUCUUCAAGAGCGAGUGUGCCUUCUCCUUCGACUCUCCGGAAUCAGAGGGAGGUUUGUACGUGUGCAUGAACACCUUCCUGGGCUUUGGACGGGAACACGUGGAGAGACAUUUCCGCAAAACGGGCCAGAGUGUUUACAUGCACCUCAAGCGGCACGUGAAAGAAAAAGCCAGCGGGGCUGCAGGGGGCGCCAUCCCCCGCCGACGCAACGGGAAAGUCUUUCUGGAGUUGGAGCUCAACCGGGAUUUUAACGGCGAGGAGUACGAGUGCGAGGACGAGGCCAAGCUGGUUAUUUUCCCAGACCACUUUGAGAUCCCCUUGCCCAAUAUUGAGGAGUUACCUGCUCUGGUGACCAUCGCCUGUGAUGCUGUUCUGAAUGCAGCCUCCGCCUACAAGAAGCAGGAGUCCGAGUCCUGGGAGGAAGACCUCCAGGUGUCCCGGCAUGCCAGGACUCUCUCACAGCUGGACAAUGGAGUCCGCAUCCCCCCCAGCGGCUGGAAGUGUGACAAGUGUGAGAUGAGAGACAAUCUGUGGCUCAACCUGACGGACGGCGCCGUGCUGUGUGGAAAGUGGUUCUUUGACGGCAGCGGCGGGAACGGUCACGCUCUGGACCACUACAAGGAGACCAAGUACCCGCUGGCCGUGAAACUGGACACCAUCACCCCGGAUGGAGCAGACGUUUAUUCCUUCGAGGAGGAGGAGGCAGUGUUGGACCCGCACCUGUCGCAGCACUUGUCCCACUUUGGAAUAGACAUGCUCCACAUGCAGAAGAGAACAGAGAACGGCCAGCACACAGACAACAACACCCGGCCGAUGGUCAGCGAGUGGGAGGUGAUCCAGGAGUCGGGCAUGAAACUGAAGGCCGUGUACGGGUCAGGUUACACGGGCAUGAAGAACCUGGGCAACAGCUGCUACCUCAGCACCGUCAUGCAGGUCCUCUUCAGCAUCCCCCACUUCCAGAGGACGUAUGUCGGGAACCUUCAAAGGAUUUUUGACUAUUCACCCCUUGACCCCACGCAGGACUUUGCCACGCAAAUGGCCAAACUGGGCCACGGGCUCCUCUCAGGCCAGUACUCCAAGCCGCCCGUGAAAUGUGAGCUGAUUGAACAGGUGAUGAAAGAAGAAUACAAGCACCAACAGAAAGGCGUCUCUCCUCGGAUGCUGAAGGCCUUGGCCAGCCGGGGACACCCAGAGUUUUCCUCGGACAGACAACAAGACGCCCACGAGUUCCUCAUGCACAUCAUCAACUUGGUGGAGAGGAACAGUAGCAGCUCAGAGAAUCCCAGCGACGCCUUCCGCUUCCUGGUGGAGGAGCGAGUCCAGUGCUGCCAGACACGGCGGGUGCGAUACAGCCAGAGGGUGGACUACUGCAUCCAGAUGCCGGCACCCAUGGAGGCGGCGACAAACGCAGAGGAGCUUCUGGCUUACGAGGUGAAGCGGAGAGAAGCCGAGGAGAAGAUGACAGCUCCUCCAGAGCCGGUCAGAGCUCGCAUCCCCUUCAGUGCGUGCCUGCAGGCCCUCACCGAGCCCCACAACGUGCCCGACUUCUGGAGCUCGGCUCUGCAGGCCAAGUCAGCAGGAGUCAAGACGUCACGUUUCGCCUCCUUUCCAGAAUAUCUGAUCGUCCAAAUCAAAAAGUUCACAUUUGGAGUGGACUGGGUGCCAAAGAAAUUGGAUCUGGCCAUAGAUGUUCCAGACUUCCUUGAUCUGAGUCGUCUGCGGGCCACAGGACUUCAGGCAGGUGAAGAGGAACUUCCAGACCUCAUGCCGCCCAUUGUGCUGCCCGAGGACACGACAGAUACCUCCAUGAGCUCCUUGGACUCUCCAGAGAUCGACGAGGUGGCGGUCAUGCAGCUGGCGGAGAUGGGCUUCCCGCUGGAGGCCUGCAGGAAGGCCGUCUACUACACGGGCAACAUGGGCCCGGAGAUGGCCUUCAACUGGAUCAUAGCCCACAUGGAGGAGCCCGACUUUGCAGAGCCCCUCCUUCUCCCCUCCAUGCUGGACCCCGGCCCCGCCCCCGACAGCAUCCUGGGCAACACCCGGCUGGACAACUCACCCCCUGAGGAGAGCAUCGCCAUCCUCACUUCCAUGGGCUUCCCUCGCACUCACGGCAUCCAGGCACUGCGAGCCACGAACAACAACCUGGAAAGAGCGCUGGACUGGAUCUUCACACACCCCGAGGAGGAGGAGCAGCACAGCGAUGCCCUUUCCAACAUGGCCGACACAGAGCCCAACGAGAACGCCGUCUCCAACGCCAACUCGCACAGCGACUCCACGCUGUCCCCAGGCGGGGACACGUCGGGGCCGCGGGUCAAAGACGGACCAGGACGUUAUGAGCUGUUUGCACUCAUCAGUCACAUGGGAGCCUCAACCAUGUCUGGACAUUAUGUUUGUCACAUUAAGAAGGAAGGAAGGUGGGUGAUCUACAACGACCACAAGGUGUGUUUAUCAGAAAGACCUCCAAAAGACUUGGGCUACAUCUACUUUUACCAUCGACUGUCCAGCAGUUAGACGUCAUCAUCUUCAUCUUCAUUUUCAUCUUCAUCUUCAUCAAUGAACUGCUGCCUUUUCACCUGCCUCCGUGGUAACCAUGGCGACACCUCCCUCAGUCAGCCCGCCGCGCCCACCAGGUCAGUGAGGAGCAACUCUGGUCACCGAGGGAGGGAAACAUCUUCUUCGUACGCUUUGCUUCAAAGUGUGUGUGCGCGUGUGUGUGUGUCUGUUUGUGUGUGUGUCUGUGUGUCUGUCUGUGUUUGUGUGUGUGUGUGUGUGUCUGUUUGUGUGUGUGCGCGUGUGUGUGUGUGUCUGUGUGUGUGUGUGUGUGUGUGUCUGUUUGUGUGUGUGUGUGUGAGAGAGUGAUGCCUUCAGGGGGCGUCUCAGGUACCUUAGUGUGCAGGUGUGUCCAACAGCACAACACUGCCAACACAUUUCAGUUCUCACAACAAGGGUUUUCUUCUUUCAAGCUUUGAAAAGCACAAAUAUUUUUGGACACCAGACCGAGUUAUGAAGGGAAUUAAUUUGAAGACAUUUUGGGUUUUUUCCAACCCUGACAGGAUGUUCUCCUUUGCCGCUUUUAUUUGGCUGAAGGCACUUUUUUUUUUUUUAGGAACAGUUAUGAAAGAAGGGAAUAAAAUGGUGUUUAGUUCCAGUAUUACUGGAAGCCCACCUGGGAAACAGCGUCCACUACAGUGGACAUUUAGCCUUUUUAGCUCCAUUGCUUUGAUUUAUAAACAUCUGGGGAAUAAUUUAGUCCACUGCAGUGGACAUUUAGCAUGUUGAAGUUUACAAACAUCUGUGUAGAAAUGAAGUCCACUACAGUGGACAUGUUGCCUUUUUAGGUCCAUUUACUUGAUUUAUUUACAUCUGGGUAAAUAUUUAGUCCACUUUUAAGUCAAUUUCUCUGGUUUACAAACAUUAGGGUUGAUAUAUAGUCCACUGCAGUGGACAUUUAGCCUUUUUAAGUCAAUUUCUUGUUUUAUAAACAUCUGGGGAAAUAUUUAGUACACUGCAGUGGACAUUUAGCCUUUUUAAGUCCAUUUCUUUGUUUUAUAAACAUAUGGGGAAAUAUUUAGUCCACUUUUAAGUUAAUUUCUUUGGUUUACAAACAUUUGGGUUGAUAUAUAGUCCACUGCAGUGGACAUUUAGCCUUUUUAAGUCCAUUGCUUUGGUUUAUAAACAUCUGGGUAAAUAUUUAGUCCACUGCAGUGGACAUUUAUCCUUUUCAGGUCUAUUUAAUUGGUUUACAAACAUCUGGGUAAAUAUUUAGUCUACUACAGUGGACAUUUUGCCUUUUGAGGUCCAUUUAUUUGAUUUAUUAACAUCUGGGGAAAUUUUAUGUCACUGCAGUGGACAUUUAGCCUUUUUAAGUCCAUUGCUUUGGUUUACAAACAUUUGGGUUGAUAUUUAGUCCACUGCAGUGGACAUUUAGCGUUUUCAGGUCUAUUUAAUCGGUUUACAAACAUCUGGGUAAAUAUUUAGUCCACUGCAGUAGACAUUUAGCCUUUUUAAGUCAAUUUCUUUGGUUUACAAACAUCUGGGUAAACAUUUAGUCUACUACAGUGGACAUUUUGCCUUUUUAGGUCCAUUUAUUUGAUUCAUUAACAUCUGGGGAAAUUUUAUGUCACUGCAGUGGACAUUUAGCCUUUUUAAGUCCAUUGCUUUGGUUUACAAACAUUUGGGUUGAUAUUUAGUCCACUGCAGUGGACAUUUAACCUUUUUAAGUCCAUUUCUUUGGUUUAUAAACAUCUGGGUAAAUAUUUAGUCCACUGCAGUAGACAUUUACCCUUUUUAUGUAUGUAUGUAUGUAUGUAUGUAUACAUGUGUGUGUGUAUAUAUAUAUAUAUAUAUAUACAUAUAUAUAUAAUAUAUAUAUACAUAUAUAUGUAUAUAUGUAUAUAUAAACCGUAUAGACAUACAUAUAUGUGUAUAUAUAUACUGUAUAUACAUUUAUGUAUUUAUAUGUAUAUAUCUGUGUGUGUAUAUAUAUAUGUGUGUACAUGUAUACAUAUGUGAAUAUAUAUAUAUACAUGUAUGUAUAUAUAUAUAUAUAUAUAUGUAUGUGUGUGUGUAUAUAUAUAUAUAUAUAUAUAUAUAUAUAUAUAUAUAUAUAUAUAUAUAUAUACAUAUAUAUAUAUAUAUAUAUAUAUAUAAGCUUAUGCACAAGACAAUGGACACUUGUGUUGUGCAUAACAUCGUUAUUUCCCCUCAGAUAUUUGUAAAUUAAAGAAAGAAAGCUAAAAACAAAUGUUAAACAAACAAACAAGUUACACAAUUCAGGAAAAAACACAAAAACAAACUAUAACUUCUUAUGAAAAACGCAAAUGUCCACUGUAGUGGACGCUGGUUCUCAACGGGCUUUCCAAACAGGUGUGUUUACUACUUGUGUUUUCCAAGUGUGUCACUCCCACUGAUCAGUGAUCACUUCCUGCGUCGCUCACUCACCAGCGAGCGAGUGCCUUCGUUCAUGCAACCAACCCUGCUUCCAUACUUAGGGAAAUAUCGAACGCAUUUUUUACAUAAAAAUCGAUCACGUGCCUAUCGAGAUAUUUAUCGAUAUCCUUUUAUUGCCCAGCCUUAGUUCUGACUUAUUUCUGCAUAGUAGACUCGCUAUUGGAAGCGCUGCAAACUACCAAUACAAGAACGAUGUCAAAGUGGAGGCACGUGAGUAAGAGCGGCUUGAAGACGGCGUGUAGAACAUAAUACCAGCCCUUUAAAGACUUCUUUAAUCCUGUUGUCCAACUCAGGUGUGUCACUUCUUGCUAUGUGUCUUGUACGUCUUCCUGGUGCUGAGUCCUGCGUGUGCGCUCUUUUUGUCAGUCCUCCCUCGCCGCAGGUCGCUCUCCAAAAGGUUCCGUCGCCCUUUUCUCCGCUAGCAUGUGCGCUAUAAGCGUCUGUGGUAGCCGUUUUGGAUCCUGCUCCCGGAACCUUCAUCCGCUUCUUUUGUUGCCGUUCUUUGGUUCCGCUGAGGGUUGUUAGAAUGUGUGCGGCACAGAAUGUGAGUUGUGGUGCCGCUGUUUGCCUCGCAUCCUUUAAUAAACACUUUUGUCCAGACUGA